AUGUAUCCUAUGCCUCAGGAUGGCGUUACACAUGAACAUACAGGAGUUGUUGGUAAUCGGGGAUCCGAUUUGCUCAUAAACCAAGUAAAAGGAAAUUUGGCAACCAAAGAUGAUAAGAUACUCCCGUAUGUGAAUCUGGUACAAAGAUUGUGCGGGAGAUUCAAGAGUAUUAACUUCAGGCAUACUCUGAGGGCUCAGAAUGAGGUCGUAGACGCAUUGGCUACAAUAACAUCUAUGAUCCAGCACCUUGAGAGCACCCAAAUUGAUUCGUUAGAGAUCACACUGAUAGAAAAGCAGGCACACUGCGCCCAUGUCGAGGCCGAGCCAGAUGGUCAACCAUGGUAUGCCGACAUUAAGGCCUAUUUGGAAAAAGGAGAGUAUCCCCCAGAGAGUUCGGAAAAUCAAAAUAAGGCCAUCAAAAGAUUGGCUAAUGGUUUCUUCUUGAACAAGGAAGUACAGUACAAAAGGACCCCUUACCUUGGGUUACUCAGGUGUGUGGACGCCGAAAAGGCUACAAAAUUUCUAAAAGAGGUGCACGCAGGGGCAUGA